AUCUUUGUCGCUAUCGACCUCCAAUAAAAAUUGCUAUUUCACAAAAAGUAAAACGGACUUAAUAAAUAAUUCCUAAUCCAUUAUUUAUUUUCAACAGCAAUAUAGUAAACUAAAAUCUUCCCAUACAACUUUAUAUUAAACAACAAAAGUGGACUUCCGUAUUGUGAAGUUAAAUUUCGUAGACGUUUAUUUUAAUCCUGAUGUGGCCCAAUCAUGUUGAGUUGAGUUAACGAGUAUCUAAGUUGCCUAUCGACGGGCUUUUACAUCGUAUCGCAAUAAUAUGCAGUUACAAUAAGGAUCGUUGAUUGAUAAUAACAACACCGUCAUUGGUUUUAAAAAUGGCAUAUCAAACGCUUUUGCAGGAAUAUAUGCUAGUGCCACCGGUAACGAGGGUCUAUACAACUGCUUGUGUAAUAACUACUUUGGCUGUGCAACUGGAUCUCGUGUCCCCAUUCCAGCUGUAUUUUAACCCAAUACUGAUCCUUAGGAAAUACCAGUUAUGGAGACUGGUUACAACAUUCCUCUUUUUUGGCAACUUAGGGUUUAAUUUCUUUUUCAAUAUGAUAUUUACAUACAGAUACUGUAGAAUGUUGGAGGAAGGAUCUUUCAGGGGGAGGACUGCUGAUUUUGUUGUUAUGUUUAUAUUUGGAGGAGUUUUAAUGAUUUUAUGUGCUUUCUUUGUUAACUUAUUAUUUUUAGGUCAAGCAUUUACUAUUAUGAUUGUUUAUAUAUGGUCAAGACGUAAUGUUUAUGUUCGUAUGAACUUUUUUGGACUGAUGAAUUUUCAGGCACCAUACUUGCCGUGGGUUUUACUGGGAUUCUCUGUGUUACUUGGCAAUGCAAUAUCAGUUGAUUUGGUGGGAAUGGCCAUUGGACACAUAUAUUUCUUUAUAGAAGAUGUUCUUCCACGUCACAGAGGCGGCCAAAAGUUACUGAAGACUCCUAGAUUUCUCAAGAAACUGUUUGACCCCCAGACAGAAAGCGACUACGUCCCACUGCCAGAGUUGGCCAAUAUAAGGCCCGGAGGCUUUGACUGGAGGAACCCUGAACCCAACGCUCCCCGCGCACCCAAUGACAACGCGAAUAGAUAAAAUACGUACAAUUUAUGUUUUUAAACAUUAAGCCAAAUUAUUUUUUACAUUAUCAUUAUCGAUGAUGUUAGAAGAAAAAGAAAUAGAUAGGUUAUAUAAACCACAUUCGAUGUUUACAACUGGCACACAAAAAUUAUUUCACCGACGCGAGCUCAGGUUUGCUAAUUAGCAUAGUUUGAAAGUACCACUUGCGGUCCGCGUAUUACCUAUCAACCUCUUUUUUCUUCUAAUAUCAUUGAUCAUUAUGAGUUCCUUUAAUGAAUACAAAUAUUUUAACAAAAAAAAAAAAUCAUGUGUCUAUCGAUUAAGCUACAUCUUAAUUAUGUUACAUUUUGUUCUUAUGAUGGUAUCUGGUAAUAUUACAAUAAAUUGACUAUAUUAAAAGCAUAGAAAGGAACUAAAGUUGCCACAUGCCACUGCACGUAAUUAGCGAUUGUAGCACUCGAGCUACAAGCGCUGGUUUAUAAAUAUUCAUUUAUAAUGACUAUGAACUAAUUGUUCAACAAUAAGGCGCCAUAUCCCCGUUAGAGAGUUCCAACGAAAGUUUCAUCUUGACACUAAGUUCUAUAUGGUCCCAGUGGCCACCUGUCUAAGUAAUGUCCACAAUAUAUAUCUAUACAAUCCAUACUUCAGUGCUAUAGUAUCGCGACGUUGCACUAGCAGAAUUAUGGUUGUAUACAGUGCUGGGUUAAGGAGUCUUAAUGCCCCAAGCAAUUACUAGUUAGGGGAGCCCACAGAGCCCACCCCUGUGGACUCCCCUACCCUUAAGUUAACUACAAAGAACUAAUUAAAAAAAAUGUUAACUCGUACCGUAGAUAGAUUAAAUAUCAUUCAAGGUCAAAUCACAGAAAACGGGUCAAGAUUACCUUUACCUUACUCACAUUUAUCAACAUAAUAUUCGAUUUUUUUUCCAUACAGUAUGACUAUUUUGUAUGAAGACGCUGAAACCCUGAUUAGUAUUUAAUAGUAAUUGAUUAUUGUAUAAAACUUAUGUCCUAUAAUAUCAUUGACCUCCUAUAAUAAAAGGACGCAAAAUCAUUAGAAAAUUUCACUUAAAAACUGGUAAAUUUUGCUUUGACAGUUUUAGGAUGAUUGGUAAAGAAAAUUAUACCCAAAGACCUUUAAAUAUAGUCCAAUAUUCAAUAAAAUCCCAAAUUCAGAGCAAAUUCAACUUUAACGAUCGAGUUUAAGGUUGAAUUUGCAAAUGUGACUAUUUGAAUUGAGUGCCAAGAAGUUGUGUUUGGCACUCAUUGAGUGGGGACUUUUUUUGGUCGCUGAUUGUGCAUCCACUUUUUAAUCAAAUCGAAAUCAAUCAAAAAUCAUUUAUUUUAAGUAGGCUCAGUUUACAAGCACUUUUGACACGUCAGUUGACUAUUUGUAAAGAUUCUACCACCGGUUCGAAAGGCUGGUCCUGCUGAGAAGUAACCGGCAAGAAACUCAGGAGUUGGUCUUUUGACAACAUUAAAAUUUCUUAUAAUACUUCCUGUGUAAAGGUGGAAGCUGAUCCAAUGGCCUCCAAGCGCGAGGAGAAUAAUUUUAUAAUAUUUUAAUUGGAGAUCGAUGUAUAGUAUGUAUAACGAGACGAGAUAAAAACAAUCUUACCGUUACAUGCGAAAGUUAAUUAAUCUAAUCUCACACUCUCCUAACUUCUUUAGCCCUCUCCUUAUCUCGGGAUCUCUGUCUUAAUUUGUCGUGCAUUUAUAACCCUCGUAACUUUAGUUUGAAGUUUUCGUUCAAUUGUUAUCACCAUUAUCUAAUAAUAUUAUUGCAGGCUAAUAAUUCACGAACUUUGACGUUUGUUAGUUGACAUACACGAAAUUGAGAUUCUAUGUAACAAAUGUUAUCGGGAGCCUACUAGCAAGCCCUUUGUGGAUAUCGUACAGUAGGUAGAUGACAUUUUCCUCUUUGAUUUUUUAAUGUUUAUUUUAAUAUAUUGUUAAUAAAGGCCAAAUUAGAGGAGAAUAGGCCAGCUGACGUUUCGAAAGUGCUUGUGAACUAAGCCUAAUUAAAAUAAAUGAAUUUUGACUUUAACCUUGUCGUAAGCAAUCAAAGGCGCGCCUUGUUAAACAAACUAAAUAUAUUGUUGAUGAGUAAAAUAUUUUCCGGGCUGAGAAUUUCUUGUAAAAAAAAAAACAUACAUACAGUCGAACGUAGAACCUCCUCCUUUUUGGAAGUCGUUUAAAAAAGAUAAGCUCAAUAUUUUAUUGCCCAAUUCAAGAUCUCGUGAUCGCAUGAUCUGAAACCACAUAGACUAACCACUGAGGCAGUUAAUUAUAAAAUGUUAAUUUUACUUCACUUAUUACACAGAUUAAUGAAUAUAGGCAGAUAGAGCGCACGAAACACGGCAGUGAUGCAGCCAUUCGAAAUACAAAUUCAAAAAUUUACACAUGCUCGAGUCAGUAGUAUGACACAAACCGUUGCAUCAGUAUAUUUCAAUAUUAUUCAAGGAAAAGAGCGUCUUAUGUUUUUAAAUAUUUGAAACUGUUCACAAAAACUAAAAAAAUAAGAUGAGUAUUUUUUAUAGGUAGUCCUUGAUUAUUAGUCUAUUAUGAUAUUAAUUUGUUGAUAGUGAAAUACAAAAUAUAAAGUUUGUAUAUACCUAGUAGAUUAUGCGGAUGUCAAGGAGAAGCACGCGUGAUGUUUGUAUUUUUUAUGGGUUUCACCGGAUUCACUGUGCAGCUUACUCAUUCUGUAUCAUUCUCUAUUCUGUGACUUAUUACCAAAAGUGAGAUGUCAGACACAUUAUAAUUAUGUGAUUACUGUGAUCAUUCGUUUUUAUAUUGAUAAAUGAUGUCAUACAGGCCUAAUAUUCGAGUAGGUACUAGAUUCUGCCAGUUGUUACGCAGUUAGAACUUCUAGUAAGGUUAUUCUGCAGUUACCACAGUGUAGUGAAAUUUUUGUUCAAAAAUUGUACCUAAUUAUUGAAAUCAAUGUACAUAUUUAAUGUUCAAACGAAUUUGUUAGUGUAGCACAAAAAAAGAUUAAGGGAGAAAAGGUUCAAUGAAUUAAACAGUAAAUAAAAUAUAAUAUACAGAAUUGUGUUAAUAAUAAUUAUUUAUUAAAUGGUAAACACAUAAACGA